AGCCACACUAGACCCAGGUGAGACCCUCCUCCCAGUCACGCCCGUCCCGCCGGCGUCCGCCAGGGGUCGCUGGGCGCCGUCUCCCGUCACGUGACCAUCACCGCUCUCCUUGCCCGGCGGAGGCGGGGCCUCGGACUGGGAUUGGCUGAGCGUCUGGGCCCCGCUGUGCAGUAGCGGGCGCGCGAGCCACUGCUUGGACUUGCGGGAACUGGUUGCAGCUGCGAGGUCCGCUCAACUCAGUGGGUCUAGGGUGUGCCGUGGGAGCCACCCGUGCAGGAAAGGGCGAGCUAGGGGCGCCUUUCUACUGGACUUUCUCUUUGCAUUCAUGAGAUUGCCUAGCCGUGCUUUCGCUCCUCCGUCUGACAAGUGAGGAAGCUGAGGCCGAGAAGUGGGAGGCGUUGCCAUCUGCUGGGCCACACAACCUGUUAAGGAGAGCCAGUGGCCAGGACCUCGGGGUCUGCGCUCCCACGUCCGCUUGCAUCGGUGGACGUGGAGAGCGAGGUUCUCUGCACCCCACUGCACCCGCCGCCGCUGCAGGAGGCUUCCCUGGAGGAGGAGCUCGAGACGCGGAGGCGGAGCCAGGGCAGAGAAUACAAUCCUAAGGGAUAAGAGCCAGACCGGGAGGAAUCUUUGCAGCCGGGUGGGCAGAAAGCUCCAGGAGCGGCCUCAUGGAAGAAAAGCAGAUCCUGUGCGUGGGGCUGGUGGUGCUGGACAUCAUCAACGUGGUGGACAAGUACCCGGAGGAGGACACGGACAGCAGGUGCUUGUCCCAGAGAUGGCAGCGUGGAGGCAACGCAUCUAAUUCCUGUACCGUUCUCUCCCUGCUUGGAGCCCCCUGUGCCUUCAUGGGCUCGCUGGCCCCAGGCCACGUGGCUGAUUUUGUCCUGGAUGACCUCCGCCGCUAUUCCGUGGACCUGCGCUACACGGUCUCUCAGACCACGGGCUCUGUCCCCAUUUCCACAGUCGUCAUCAGCGAGGCCAGUGGAAGCCGCACCAUCCUCCAUGCCUACAGUUUCCUGGUGGCUGACUUCAGGCAACGGGGCGUGGACGUGUCUCAGGUGGCCUGGCAGAGCAGGGGGGAGACCCCUUGCUCUUGCUGCAUCAUCAACAACUCCAAUGGCUCCCGUACCAUUGUGCUCUAUGACACGAACCUGCCAGAUGUGUCUGCUAUGGACUUUGAGAAAGUUGAUCUGACCCGGUUCAAGUGGAUCCACAUUGAGGGCCGGAACGCAUCAGAGCAGGUGAAGAUGUUGCAGCGGAUAGAACAGCACAAUGCCAGGCAGCCUCCAGAGCAGAAAAUCCGGGUGUCCGUGGAGGUGGAGAAGCCCCGAGAGGAGCUGUUCCAGUUGUUCAGCUAUGGAGAUGUGGUGUUUGUCAGCAAAGAUGUGGCCAAGCACUUCGGGUUCCGGUCAGCGGUGGAGGCCCUGAAGGGCUUGUACAAUCGUGUGAGGAAAGGGGCUGUGCUUAUCUGUGCCUGGGCUGAAGAGGGUGCCGAUGCUCUGGGCCCCGAUGGACGGCUGCUCCACUCGGAUGCUUUCCCACCACCCCGGGUGGUGGACACUCUGGGGGCUGGAGACACUUUCAAUGCCUCAGUCAUCUUCAGCCUGUCCCAGGGAAAGAGCGUGCAGGAGGCACUGAGGUUUGGCUGCCAGGUGGCGGGCAAGAAGUGCGGCCUGCAGGGCUUUGAUGGCAUCGUGUGAGUGCCCUGUGGCAGGAGGCAUUGGCUCACACCACCCCUUGAGCCUUCUCCCCUCUGUCUAGCCUGGCAUCCAGGCUGCCCUGCUUCUGGGCAGAUGCAAGCUGUGGGAGGGCGCUCCCUGUGUCCUGGCAUCUCACACUGCAGAGCCGCAGAGCAAAUAAAUCUUCCCCAGAGCCUGCUUCCUUC